UGGGCGGGCUCAGGCGCUUCUUCUAAAGCAGCAGUAACAGAUUGGGGGAGGACCCUGGACUCUCCAGCUGCCUGACCUGGUCCGAGCCACCGGGGUCUUCCAUGGACCGGCUGGCGCCAAAAUAACGCUUGGGGGGGGGGGAGAGUCCUUUGACGCCUGAGACGGGCCUCAGCUUCAAAGUCGCAGCGAGGUGAUGACGACGAACUGGCCUGCCAGUUGGGGAACGAGAGAAGAGAAGCUGUUGGAUCCAGAAGCUCCCAUUUGGUUACUAAGUCUCUACAGCUUCUUUAAUUCGCACAUCAUCUUGGAUGGCUGCAGUGAUAGACUUCCACUUUUGGAAUAAAGGGUCGGUAUUAAGAAACUGCUUUCUCCAUAGACCUGGUUGAUUACCUUUUACACAGAAGAUGACCAGCAGAAGUGAAUCUUCCUCUUCGGAGCAGGAAGAUGUGACUGGACUGACAAGCUUAUUGAAAGGAUGGAUUUAUCCAAAUCAUUACCUCGGGGAUUUCGGAGACUGUACAGUAUCUCACUUGUGGGUGCUGGCACCGUUCAUAAUCCUGUUUUCACCGAAUUUAAUUGUGCUUGGCUUUAUUUAUCUUUCUAUUCUCAUCCUUCAUAUUUACAAGAGAAAGAAUAAUUUAAAGGGAGAUUUUCUCAGUAAAUCAUGGGACAACGGAAGGAGGGCAGUGACUUAUCUUUGGGACAUGUAUGGCAUUGUAUGGCAUGGUUACGAAGUGUGUGGAAUGGAUAAAGUGCCAAAAGGACCUGGGCUUGUUGUGCUUUACCAUGGAGCAUUUCCUCUAGACUAUUUCUACUUUGUAUCUAGACUCUACUUACAGACAGGCAGGCUCUGCCAUACAGUGGUUGAUUACCAUUUUUCAAAAAUCCCAGGUAUAAAGCUGUUUUAUAAUGUACAAGGUCUUACACAAGAUGGAAGAAUACAAUGUGUUGAAAUUCUGAAAAAAGGGUACUUACUAGGUGUCUUGCCUGGUGGAGUCCGAGAAGCACUGUUUAGUGACGAGAACUACAGUCUCUUGUGGGGCAACCGGACAGGUUUUGCUCACGUGGCCCUAGAUGCAAAAGUGCCCAUCAUCCCUGUUUUUACAACAAAUCUUCGGGAAGGAUACAGGACGCUUGGAAAAAUAUGGCCAUUAAAGUGGCUAUAUGAGCGUACCCGGUGGCCAAUUGUUCCUGUAUAUGGAGGAUUCCCAGUCAAAUUUUGCACUUACAUAGGAGAUCCCAUUCCAUAUGAUCCACAUAUAACAGCUGAAGAAUUAGCUGAAAAGACAAAGACUGCAAUACAAAAUCUCAGAGAUAAGCAUCAAAGAAUACCAGGUAGCAUACCAAAAGCUUUGUUGGAACGCUUUGAUAAACAUCCAAAACGUGAUUAG